UGCGGGAGAAACUUGUGAACCCAAAUGAAGCUGAAGAGAAUGUGGAGGUAACCCUGAAACAGACCAGGGGUUCGAUUUAAAAACAAAACAAGAACAAACAAACAAACACAACGAUCUGACAUUUCACAAGAUGGAAUUACAAAUGCUAAAGAAGGUCCACCGGAGCCCAAGAUGAGCAGCAGAAGGAACUUAUCCUCCCGUUGACACUCAAGGACCGGGGGAGCCCUCAUGAUGCUGGAUAAAUCUCCAGCGGGACAGGACGGGCGCAGCCGUUUCAACGGUUUCUACACUGAGCUGCGAAAGAAAUACCCCAGCGCCUUCACCCUGGCAGGAGACCUCGGCAACGACAAGCUCGCUGCCCCGAAAAAGCUGCCCAGCUUGGGGCCUCGGCCGAUCCUAAAGCCUGAGGCCUUUCCUGACAACCUAGCCCACAAUCCAGCGCUCCUGGGCAGGCGGGCCAGCCACGCUUUCCUCCUCAAGGUGGAGAACGAGAGGAGCGAGCAGAGGAGCAGUGCGGAGAAGAGGCCGUCAAGCGGCAGGCCUCGUAUCGUCAAGGGAAACCGAGUCGUGGUGCCCGCGGCCAGAGAGCAAGCCCUGAACCCGGUGAAGCAACUGAGUCUGCCGUCCCUGAGCAAUCGGAUCGAGCAGAACCGAGCCGUGCUCAGAAACCACCUCAACAACUGGGUCCCUCCCAGAGCCCUGAGCUCCGGAGGGGGCCCUGCCCUGCAAAGCCAGAGCUCUCCAGGAGGGGGCGGCAUUGAGCAUGCCCAAACAGCCCCCAGUGGCUGGAAUUCCUUCAGUGAGCGCUCGGAAGAUGUGGGGUCUGGCAGCGAGGUCAAGCCACCGACUCUCUCCCCCCGCCCGAGGGUGCUGAGCUCCGCGCUGGCUGAGCUGCUGCUCCCCAACAAGCCCAAACUGGAGCUCCGCACCCGGGCUGCAAAGAGCAGUAAGUCUUCCCAGCAUGCACUGGGUGUGUAAGCUUUUUUCCCGCAGCUGAGACUUUUUUGGAGUUAUAAAUAUAUAU